AUGUUGAACGACUACAGACCUACGCACGAUCCGAACCUUGACACAUUUCGCGUCUCCUACCUGACCGGGGGAUCCGCUGUGCUGGCCAUUCUGUUUCCCUACAAGUACAACAUCUCGGAGAUUCUGUGGGCCUUUUCCAUCUGGUUGGAGAGUGUGGCUAUCCUGCCGCAAUUGUUCAUGUUGCAGAGAACUGGUGAAGCCGAGACCAUCACAACCCAUUAUCUGUUUGCCCUGGGCGUUUACCGGACAUUGUACAUCCCCAACUGGAUCUACAGAUGGUUUGCAGAGGGAUAUUUCGACCCUAUUGCCGUGAUUGCCGGCAUCAUCCAGACGGUCUUGUACUCCGACUUCUUCUGGGUCUACUACACCAAAGUUCUCAAGGGAAAGAGCUUCAAGCUUCCUGUCUGA